CUGGGACACCCAUCAUGACCUCCCCAGUGAUGGGACCUCCGCCUCCACCACCUGUUCGCUACGGACCGCCGCCAGCUCCUCUCCGUGGGCACUUUGGGCCUCGACCUCUUCCUGUGCCCCUAGUUCGUGGUGCUCCCUUGCCACCUCCUGCUGCAAGAGAUUUCUUACCUGGCCCACCCCUAGGAAUGAGAGAUCUGCCUCCUGGCCCACUACCGCCUCCUCCAGAUCCAAGAGGCUAUGGACGUGGGCACCCUCCUUUUCGACCCCUAGGUCCUCCUGGGCCACGAGAUUAUCCUCCAGGCCCACGGCUACCCCCACCUGGUUCAAGAGACUAUACGCCUUCUCCUAACAGAGACUUGCCUCCAUCGGGACCUAGAGACUACCCUGCUGGCCCACCACCACCGGCAGGCCCAAAGGACUACACACAACCCCCUGCGCAGAAACCCUAACUGCAGGGUCUGGUCAGCAGCUCAGCGGAAUGGACUCUAGCGCACUUCCUGUGGUCAGGAUUUUAGGAAAUGGCUCUCUCUUUGAAGCCAUUUGUCUCAUUUCAGUAUAUUUCAGCUUUUGCGGGAUUAAUUUUUAUCCAAUUGCUACAGACAUCUUAUGUGCAUUUGAUCACCUUAAACUCAUCCAUCCUCUUGGGCUGCAAGAACCUUUUUGUGAUGGACUUGAAGCUACUCUAAACGUGCAAUAGAAAGGAAGUACCUGUGUGGCUAGUUUUAAUUCAAUGUAGCCUCUGUAACCAGUUGGUGAAUGAACUAAUUUCGUGAAAAAUGUAAAUCAAAUCAUUUCCUGUGGAAAUAAUUUUUAAGUAAAAUGCUAUCCUACCUGCCUUCUCCAUCACAUCAUUAAGCUGCAAUUAUUGUAGGCCAAGGGUUUACAUGAGGACUGUAAGGUGUGUUUGUUUUUUGUUUU